AGCACUCUAUAGCUAUCCCCUCCUUGCUUAAGAGAUAAGGCAUAACAGAGGCGCUGCUGAGUGAGGGAAAAAUCCUCCAUAAAACAGAACAUUCCAAAGUGGAAUGGACAUUGGCCGAGGCGACAACCUUACAAAGAAACGUCAUCGAAUCAGCUAUUGAAAAGGCGGCUCCCGUGGAUUGCUUUCUCUCAUAGUCAUGGAAGAAUAGGGGGGGAAAACUACACCUCCCAGCAUCCCUCUGCAAGGCCUUGUACUGCGGAACAAAUCAGUCGGACAUUAGUAAGAAUUAAGGAUUGUGGGAUAGUUGUAUGUUCGGCUUCAAGGAAGUUGUCUAAGUUUCAGUUUAGUUUUAGGAAGAUAGGAUCUGAAUAUAAUCCUUGUCUCCUUUCACACGACGAAGGACGGAGCAACGUGCAUGACUAACUUCAUGAGGAAAGGAGCAUUACUAGCUAUCCAGGGGCACAUACCGGAUAUGAGUUGGACACAGCUGAUCUAAUUCAUCCAUCCAGAGCUACCUUUUUUUAAUGAGACUUCCCUGAAGAAGAAAAAGAAAAGUCUAUGUCAGAAAGGCAGAUGACUCUUCAGCCCUCAAAUGUAGAAAAUAUCUCAGCCAGUCUUCAACAGGAUGAGGCUGAAGAAACAAAAGAGGAUUCUUUGGGAGAAAAACUGUCAAAUUCUGAUGAACUCCCAUUUGGAACAGAGGAUAGUGACACUACAGAGGAUGGGGAUGCUACAGAGUGCAUUGUAAGGCUUCAAUCUGAUUCUGCUGGUUUACCUGAUAGUUGUGUAGAUACAAAUUUGUUGAAUUCUCUACAUGAAAAGACAGAGUGUUCCACCCAUACUGACCUCCUAGAUUCUCAGAAAGAGGAAAAACCUUUAACAGAGACUGUUCCAAAAGAUAAAAUCAAUUCACAGGGCCAGCAAAGUCAGCACUCUCCGAAACAUACUGAAGAAACAAAAGAAGAUGAUUUGGACAAGGAAAGCGAAACAGUUCAAAAUGAACACAUAGAGAAGACAUACCCGGUUGCAGAUGUACAACAUACGACAUCCAAACUAGUGCCUGAAGUCUAUUCUCGGAAGACAAUUGAAUGCUUUUCACCAGAAGUAAAUCAACAGAACUCAGUGAAAAAGCUAGUAAUAAAUAAUUUUCAGUCUCAUCAAGAUAAUGGCUUUCUCCACUAUGGAGUUUUUCUGGCAAUAAUGGUGGCAUUGAUUGCAAUUUUCAUAAAUUGCCGUUAUUACUACACUUUACACCCUCCAAGUAUGCAGAAAAAUCCAGUGGUGGAGGUCUUCCUAUCAAAGUUCAAUCCACUGAAAGACAUCUUCCCAGGUCAGAGUCCUCAUCUUUGGGGACGAGUACGGAAAAUAUUGCAGAAACACCUUAAUACAUCCUAUCACACUGAACCAGCUAUCUUAAUCUUUACUGCUGCCCAGGAAGCUAAAUCAACUCUGAAGUGUUUGAGCACCCAGAUUGCCAGUGCCUAUUCAUCAUCCCUGGGAGGCAGCACAGUUCAUGUAGAUGGAAUUUCUAAAUCCACUCUAAGCAAUGAUCUUGCAAAGCUAGCAGUUGAUGAGGAGCUGAGCGUUGGUUUCCAUGGAGGAGGAAAGGCAGCAGUAGUACAUCAGUUUGAAUCCCUGCCUGCAAGUUCCACCUUAAUCUUUUACAAAUACUGUGACCAUGAGAGUGCUGCUUUCAAAGAUGUGGCACUGAUUUUGACAGUUUUGCUGGAGAAUGAGAAGUUGGAUCCUACCAUUGGUCUACAGAUUGUGGAGGAAAAUGUGCGGGACUUCCUCUGGGCCAAAUUCACAAACUCUGAUUCACCCAGUUCUUAUGACCUUAUGGAUACUGAUAAGCUAAGUGGGCUCUGGAGCCGUAUAUCCCACUUAGUCGUGCCUGUUUGUCCUGUGCCAUUUAUAGAAGAUAAUGGUUGCUUUCAACAAGUGGCAAAUAAAGAAGACUUCACUUUUAAAAAUUAAAGGAAAAAGAGGAGCCCACUUUCCUUCUGCAGUUUUCUGAAAGAUUUGCACAAAUCAGAUUUUUUUUUGAUUGCUGAAAGGACUAGAGGUAUUAAGAGAAAACAAACUAAUUUUAAAUAAAUCAUGCAUUGUGAUGUUGGUUUUGAUUAUGGCUUUCAUAACAAACCAGAAAAGAAAUUACUGAAUUGAUUUUAUUGUUGAGUUGGCAUUUGCAAUGUAAUUUAAUGCAAUAUUUUAAAAGAUGGGUAACUAGUAUAGUUUGCACAUUUAUAUAUUCAGAACAAAUUUGCCAUUUGAGGAAAUGGAAAGACUACUCUUAAAAUCUUUCUUCGGUUUUUUAUAAAUAGAAUGGAUAGCUUAAUCUAGAACUCUUAAUUGGCAUGUGAGAACUCUAGUAAUUAACUAGUGAUUAUGUGAACUCCUAAGCAAACACUACAAAAUUCAGCGUAUUUGCACAAGAUCUCAUAUUAAUUCAGUCAACUUACUGAAAAUUAGAUGCUGAUAUUAAAGCUAAUUGCAAAAUAAACUACGUAAUUUUCUGAAUUCAUGCAGUUAAUAUAUUGAAUUUAUAAAGUUUUUUUUAAUACAGACUCCAUAGAUUGAGAUGUCAGUUAAGUAAAAUGCACUGUAUUUGUGCAUCUAAGGCAUAUUUUCUAAAUGGUAAUUCUAAAAAUAGGUUUUACUAUAAUGUGAUACACUACUCUCUAUAUAAAGAAGCUGUUAUAUAUUGCAUCUCUUCUCAAUUUUGGUGAUUUUUAAUUUAUGAUGCAAACUGCAAUUCCUUCCAAAGGUACGAUAUAAAUAUCCUAUUGGGAACAGAAUAUGAUGCCUCAUGAUCAGUCAGUAUAUCUCAUUUCAUCUAAUUUAGUAUUUUUUCAGCUACUGAUUAGGACUCUUGGAUUUAUCUGGAUAUCUUGGCAUUGAAGGUGGCUGAGAGUUCUUAGAACUGCUAUUGUAAAAAAAAAUGAAAGGGGUAUAGUUGGAAAAGCUACCUUAGAAAUUACAUAAGUAUAAUUCAACUCCAUUGUAGUAAUAAAUUGGGACUAUCAGUAUCUAGUUAGUGACUACAAAGUUCAGAGAUUUUUUUAAAAUGAUGUAGUUGCUUUACUGAAGUGAUGCUGGAUUAACAAAUAUACAGAUGUCUUUAAAGAAUUGACAGCCUGAAGUUUAAUUUAUGGUAGCUGCAGUACAUAGAAAUUAUUUUCAUUUUAUUUAAUGUUAUUACAAAUGAAAUACAAGAAAUUGGAAUCUUCCCUUGCAAACCAUGCUACAUAUAUUUCUAUACUUUGUGACAGUUAUAAUCUAUAUGAGAAUCUCCAUCCUCUUUUAGUAAAUGUUUCUCCUGGACAAGCAAACUGAAUCUAUUUUCAUUUGAAGAUCCAGUUAUUUUUAGCACAGAUUGGUGCUAGGUAGAGCUCUUCAGAUUCAAGUUGACUAAAUUGAUGAGCAAUAUGAAAGUAGGGCAACUCAUGCAAACACCUAUUGAUGCCAGUCUGCACUGAGACUAAAAUUUCUGUUUUCAAAUUAAUAGGACCACAGAAACCUGUAAUAAAACAGUGGCAUACCACUUCAAAGUAGUGCCAAAACCCCCUGCAUGAAUAGAUCUGUGUAGUUACCAGGAGUAAAGCUCAAUUCAAGACAAUUUUUAUGUUUUUACGAAGUGCACAAUAAUAAACCACUAUACAAC